AAUUAAUCAAUAUAAUCCCCAAGAUGAAUAAUACAUUAGGUGAUACUCUGCCUUCUUUGCCCAAUGAUUUUCAAGGAACUGAAAAUGGAGAGGGACAGUUAAGUGAUUAAUAAAAAGUGAAGUAAUCAAAACUAAAUAUAUCACAGAUUGGGGAACUUGGGCAUGAUGACUCCUAUGAGUAACACUUUGACGUAUGAUUUUGAACAAAUAACUUUGGACACUUCACCAAAGGAGAGUGUUGUGAAUCAUAAAAAUUAUGAAAAUAUUGACACCAUAAAUGAAUAAGAAGAAAAUAAAUGCAAAUUAUAAGUAGAUUUACUCUUAUAUAUAAAACAGAAAUAUCAAAGUUUCAAGGUGGCUAAAGAUUAGAUUAGGAAAUCACCUAAGCACAAGACUUGUCAGCCACAAUAGACUGUGCCAUAAUUGGAAAUAGGAGAAUAAAACUUAGAGACUCAUACAGAAUAGCAAUCGCCAGACACACCUUCAAUGAAUGCCCAGACAUUGAAAUUUAUCAAGGAACUCUGGAAUUCAGAGAAGAGUGAAACUGAAUACUUCAAAGAGAUUGUCGAUCAAAAAAUACCGAUUGUUGAUUACAAAAUACCUACUCUAAAUAUAUAUUCUCCUUUAGUGGAUUGCAAUAGUCCUAUGUAUGAACCAGAUAUUGAAAUGGAUUUGUAUCUAACAAGUUUGGUGGUAAGAAUUUGCACUCCAUCCUAGGAUUCCUUGUGGGGCAAUUAGAUAGUCAGUAGGAAAUUGCAGAAGAUGCUGGAGACAGGAUCAAACGAAUAAAAGGAAUUGAUAGUGUAGAAAUUAGAACGAGUUAGUCCUCAAGUGGAGAAAGACAUAUUCGGCAAUUAUGUUGUAUAAAAGAUCUUUGAAUGCAGUACUUGUGUAUAUAUAUAUGAAAAUAGCUAAUAAUAAAUUGCAAUAGAGGAUGUUUACUAAACUGAAACCUCAUUUCUAUGAUUUAUCGAAAAAUACUUUCGGAUGCAGAGUCAUGUAGAAAUUGAUCGAGUACACCUAUAAUCGAAAUGAUCUCCAAAUCUAAGUCUUAUAACAAUUGCAAUCCAACAUGCGAUCUUUGGUAUACGAUUUGAAUGGAAAUUACGUCAUUUUUAAAAUGCUUGAAACCUUUGAUAAAUUUAAAAUGGAAUUCAUGAUUCCUAUAGUUGAAGAAUCAGUAUUCAUAUCAAUUAUAUUCAUAGUUCAAUUACAUGGGACAACAAAUUUAUGGCUGCAAAAUCAUUCAUAAAAUUAUUUAGCAAUAUUCUCAACAAUAAAUUACCAAAAUUAUUAGAUUGUCAGUUCAAAAUUACAACAUCUUAAGUUAAACUGAAUAUGGAAAUUAUGUAUUACAACAUAUUCUCUAAUAUUGGAUUCCAAGUCAAGAGAAAUUCCAUUUAGUUCAAUUAGUUUUACAACAGUUUUUUCAACUCAGCAUUAAUAAAUAUGCAAGGUACAUUAACUAUUUAAAAUUACCAGUAACACUGUUGAACGAGCAUUGGAAGCCUUGGGCAAACAAGAAUUAGUUUCUAUUAUGAAAUGGCUACUUUGCAGAAGUCCUAAUCAAUAGUACAUAAUAUCAUAUGAUAUCUUAAUAGCACGAGCAAUUUCGUUGUUUUAGCCAAUCACCAAUAUGCAAAUUACGUAAUAAAGAAAUUCUUAGUGCUAAGCGAUCACAAUGUAUUAAAAUAUAUUUCAGAUCAUUUGUAUUAGAAUCAAUCUGAAUUCACAGCAAUCAAAUCAACUGUUCAUGGUAAUUAUACUAUCGAAAUUUAGGCCAAAGAAUAAAUAGCUUCUUAGAUAAGCAAAUUUAAAAUUUGCCUUGAUUGCUUAAUAGCUUAAAAGCCAU